AUGUCUUCCUAUCAACAUCCAGAGAGCCCAAUGCAUCCGGCUGUCCUCUCCAUGGAAGUGGAUGAUGAAGAUUCUUUUGAAAGUGAAUAUCGACUGCGAAUCGGAAACCAAUCCCUGCCGAGUCUUCCUUGGUACGAUGAAUGGACAGUAGCCCACAUUUCGCGAGACAAAACUAGCGGCGACUUGAGAACUUCCAUCUCGAAUCGACCACUAGCUGGCGUCAAGUGUCAAUGGCAUCACACCCAAUUUGAUUGCCUAGAGUUAGAGAGGACCAAGCUGCUCACGGCAUCGGCAUUCGAAGCAGUCUUGCAUCCGAUUCUUCCAACCACCUUCCAAACGCCAGUGACCGUUAUCGCUAAAAUAGCUCGUUUCGAAUGGGAGAUUCCUCGUAUCGAACGAGAAACAAGAGCAUAUCAGCUACUGGAGUAUUCCGGGCUGACGCCGCGCUUCCUCGGCCAUAUUCAUGAAAAUGGACGCAUCAUGGGGUUUCUAUUGGAGAAAAUAGAAGGACGCCCUGCUUCCAUUCAAGAUCUGGAUAUCUGUGAAGCAGCUCUGGGGAAGCUCCACGAAUUGGGAUUUUUACAUGGGGACGCGAACCGAUACAACUUUCUCGUAGCGGAAGGGGGGGUAAAACUUCUCGACUUUGAAUGCCUUCAGGAAAAUGCUAGUCGGGAGUCAAUGCACAAGGAGUUAGAGAGUCUACAUCUCCAACUGACUGAGGAUUCGGGGCGUGGCGGAGGUUUCAUAUUGCAGGGCGAUAGCAAUUAA